AUGACGCUACGCGUACUACGAGCCGUAGACUACGUAGUCUACAGCACGACGUUGUAUUCGUGGUUGAAUUUUUCGGCAGCCAAUCAGAGCUCGCCAUGGGUAUCACGUGAUCAACUUCGAUUUCAAUUAACGCUGCCGGAACAAGGAAAAGAAACAUUAAUUAAAAGUUAUUUUAGAAAUAUAAUGUCGGACAACAAUGUAAACAUUAUUCACGAAAUAAACAGGAUAAAUUUGGAGUUGAAGAAGAAGUUGGAAGUAAUUUCAAAAUGGAGAGUCGAGUGUGCUCAGAUGGAGUUAGAGUUUUUGAAACUGUACACUCCGGAAUGUGUCGAAAUUCUCGAGUCGCUGAAGGAAACAGCCGACACAAAUGUCGAUUCCAGCACCGAGCCUGAUAAUUCUUUAUAACUCACACGCCCGUAUAUACAAACGCAGUUUUCAAUAAUACCGGACGAUACCGGAUACAUUUAUUUUGAAAUAUAUUUAUUACAUUCGAAUAUAGGACACAUAGAAUGUAUUCAUGGCUUCAAUAACGCAAAGACAGACAAUAUAGAUACACAUAUCCUUUUGUUUGAUGAAAUAUAAAUUUACACUAUGACAAAUUUAGUGUCUCUUUUCAAAUUUAUUUCCUAAUAUCGAUAUACUUCGAUACAUUACGUUCCAUCUUGACAGGGGGAAAUGCACAGAUAAACAAGAUACUUUGACGCAGCACCGCUUUUGUGGAAGCAUUUGCGUGGAAGCAUGUAAAGUUCGAGUAAACUCAAACAUCGGAACAAAGUAACGAGAAUGAACCUUAUGUACUCCGUACUGCGAGAAUAUUGCUGAAAGUCAUCAUCCAUUGUAAAAAAAAAAGAAAAAAAA